UGCAGACACAUGAUAUAAACUGGGACAUAUCUCCCCCUCUCUGUCUGUCUGGGUCUCUCUCUUCUUCUUCUCCCUGCCUCCUUUCCCAGCUCGUCUCUGCUCUACAAACACUAUAGUCCUUUAUUUAAGCAUUGUCUAGCCUCUUCCAGCCGAGAAGCUGCAUUUUAGCAUGCAAGGGGGCUGAGAAUCCUUACAGAUCUAUGUUUUGGGACCAAGACAAUGUUUGCUUCCCUUUCUUCCCCCCCAAAUGCACCAAAAGGCAGUGUUUUUACAGCUCAAGUGAAUGGGAUAUUGUCCUGACAUAGCCUGCUGGGAGGUAAUUUGAUUCAAUGCUGUAACACAGUCUGAGGAUAUUGGACUUGUUUUCUGUGCAAGGUAUUAAAGGCAUUUUGAUAGCUACAUCGCCUCAGAUCCAGACACUGUCGGGCAGCAGUAGGGGGGAGGCGUUGGUGGCAUACAUUAAUGGGCUCAUGUCUGACUUGAAAAAGCAUCCUUGCACUUUGUCAAGCCUCCUUUUCAAAAUCUUCACGAAGAGGGGAUCUUAGAACUCUCCCGAUAAAAGUACAGAGGUGCUGCCUCCACCCCUCCCCAGUGGGUAUUAAAAAUUUAGCAUGCACUGUUCGCACUGCAGUAUGUACCAUAGUCUGUAAUGCCCACUCAGAUCAUCUCAACAGCAGUGAUGGCACAUAAAUCGACAGAUACAACAUGAGCGCGUGGCUCCUUUUGGCAUUUUUCUUGUCCACUUCUUUGUACGUUCCUACCAGCUGCCACCCUAAAUACGGCUCUGUUUAGGCGACUGUACACCCCAUGCCUCGUAGGUAUAUCCUGAAUUUGCCAUAGAGGAAAUUUCUGGAUUUACACGAGCAGGACCGUUCAAAUGUGAAUUAUCUUGGAUACAAAAUUGUUGAAUGUCUGAAGAAACCAUAACAACUCCUAAGCCAUGUCCCAGAUGUUACACAUAGAAAUUCCCAAUUUUGGGAACACAGUAUUGGGCUGUUUGAAUGAGCAGCGGCUAAUGGGGCUUUAUUGUGACGUCUCCAUCGUAGUGAAAGGACAAUCGUUCAAGGCGCACCGCGCAGUGCUGGCAGCUAGCAGCUUGUACUUCAGAGACUUAUUCAGUGGGAACAGCAAAAGUGCGUUCGAGCUUCCAGCCACCGUCCCUCCAGCAUGCUUUCAGCAAAUACUCUCAUUUUGCUACACUGGGAAGCUCACAAUGGCUGCAAGUGAACAGCUUGUGGUCAUGUAUACUGCGGGAUUCCUCCAAAUCCAGCACAUUGUAGAGCGUGGCACAGACUUGAUGUUCAAAGUGAGCUCGCCCCAUUGUGACUCGCAAACAACCAUGAUUGAGGACACCAGUUCAGAGCCCCAAAGCCCCUGUAACCAAACACAACCCCCAUCUGGACCUUAUGUCAUGUCAACUUCCAUGCCCAUCCCUCUUUUGACCCGAGUGAAAAAUGAAAGUUUAGAAAUACAACCCAUUGCUGUGCCGAACUUGCCGGUCAAGAGGCCGGUGGAAACGCAAAACAGAGACAAUGGAGGCUCCAUUUCUACUGCUAAUCAACAAAAGCUUUCCCGCUUGUCUUACUAUGGUAUGUCAAGCUUGGCAGCCCUCUUUCCCAAUGUGCAACAAGUGCAGUAUUCCCAGGGGGAACGUACAAGCCCUGGAGCAAGCAGUAUUCCAACCACGGACAGCCCUACUUCUUACCACAAUGAAGAGGAUGAAGAAGAAGAUGAGGCCUAUGACACUAUGGUGGAGGAACAUUAUGGACAGAUAUACAUGAAAUCCACAAGUGGCUAUUCAGGGCAGGAAAAAGCAGACCAGAUACCUGUGCUGGAAAACCGUUCCUGUGUCCUAAUCCGUCGGGAUUUGGUUGCGCUUCCUGCCAGCUUGAUAAGCCAAAUUGGAUACCGCUGUCACCCGAAGCUGUAUUCAGAGGGAGAUCCCGGGGAAAAGCUGGAACUUGUGGCUGGUUCUGGGGUUUAUAUCACCCGCGGCCAGCUGAUGAACUGUCACCUCUGCGCUGGAGUCAAGCACAAGGUCCUACUGCGGCGGCUACUUGCUACAUUCUUUGAUCGAAACACCCUUGCAAACAGUUGCGGUACAGGGAUUCGAUCAUCAACGAGUGAUCCCAGCCGGAAGCCUCUGGACAGUAGAGUCCUCAAUGCUGUGAAAUUGUAUUGCCAGAAUUUUGCUCCAAAUUUUAAGGAGAGCGAGAUGAACGUCAUCGCUGCAGACAUGUGCACCAAUGCACGUAGGGUGCGCAAACGCUGGCUUCCCAAGAUCAAAUCUAUGUUGCCCGAUAGUGUGGAGAUGUACCGCUCCGUGAUGGGUGCCACCACGCCUAGCAUCCCGUUGGAGUCCGAUUUCCAGCCGAGUCCAGCCCAAGCCCUCGAGCAGAGAAGCUAUGCAGAGAGAAGGAGUGAUACUAACACUGUAAUGGGUUUGAGAACUAACACUUCAAACAUUGACCUCACAAAUGGGUCCAACCCUAUGUUUGAACAGAGCGAAGAAGCCGAAGGCGCAACGGGAUCCGUCAUCCAAGAGGUAGGUGGCACAGAUCCAUUGGUAUCUGAUGCCCAGCCAAGCCCUGCGCUACCCUUCGAAGAAGACACUGGCUCCACCAGCAGACCAGAGACCCCGGUGCGAAGACAGGAUACUGCUUACGGUGGAACUUUAUAAAGAGAGUUCCUGGAACCUCUUAAAGGGAUGUGUAGUUCUACAACUGCUUCGCAUGCGUUACUAAUAGGAAGCAAAAAUGUGAUUGGCCAUUUACCUUCAGAACUGCUACUGUUGCCUGAAAACAAUGUGAUUUUUAUUCUGCUUGUAUUUAAAACAAAAAAUAGAAAAAAAAGAAGAAAUACUACUUUAUGAGAGAAAUAAUAGCCUUCAGUAUAAUUUAAAUGAUCCGGUCGGACGCGACCAACGUAGGAAACAAAGAAAUAACAAUAAUGGGCUCCUUUAUAUGUAACAGAAUUUACUGUAUUCAUUUUAUUUUUUACCAGCACAUUUAAGAAAUCUGCUGUUGUUCAUGAAGUCGCUCAUGAAAAGGACAACAGUAAUCACUGAAUAAGCCAAACCUGAAAACUUAUAUUACCAAACCUGAAAACUUAUCCGAAAAAACUCUUAUGUCAGGAAGGCUAUUAACAUCUUCAAAUGGGUCACUGGACCUCUGUUAUUGACUUCUACAUGAACUUGGCAGGUUUUAGGUGGCGAAUAGUCGAAUUUGAGUUGUUCCCAGGGUCCAG